CUGAGUCAAGAGCUUGCGAACCCCCCUUUACUCAUCACUACACUUCCUAUACUUUAGCUAUUGUACACUUGGUAUGUGCUAUAGUGGUAUAUAAAACCUCCACCCACACGAAAUCUACUUCUUCUCAUUCAAGUUCAAACACUCUUCUUACAUUUACACGUUGAUUUUUCACUCGUCAUAUAUAAAUCCAAAAUGACAACCUCACAACCUCGCCCAAACCACUACGACCUCCUUGUCCUCGGUAGCGGCGAAGCAGGGAAAUUUAUCGCGUGGACACUUUCGUCCAAAACCGGUCAACGUUGCGCUGUCAUCGAGCGCCGCUGGCUCGGCGGCUCUUGUCCUAACGUUGCCUGUCUGCCUAGCAAGAGCUUUGUCCAUUCGGCGAACGUAGUGCACGAUGCCAAGCAUGGAAAUUCCUAUGGAAUUCGCGACGCGGAUGAGAGCGUGGAGAUGGUUGCUGUGAGAGAGCGGAAGAGAGACAUGGUGGAUGGACUCAUGGAUAUGCACGCUGGGAGAUUUAAAAACUUUGGUGUGGAGUUGAUCUGGGGUGAAGGCAAGUUUGUGGGGAAGAAGAGCAUCGAGGUUACUGGAGAAAGCGGGAAGACGGUUUUGACUGCUGAGAAAGUGGUUGUGUGUACGGGGUCGAGAGCUAAGAUCGAUGAUAUUCCUGGCUUGAAAGCUGCGAAACCUCUCACGCAUGUCGAGAUCUUAGAGCUAGAUGUUUUGCCGAGCCAUCUCGUUGUACUUGGUGGUGGAUAUGUUGGUCUUGAGUUUGCACAGGCGAUGAGGAGGCUUGGUGCACAGGUUACGGUGAUUGAGAGGAAUGCAAGGUUGCUGAAAAAUGAGGAUCAGGAUAUUGCUGAUGUCAUAGUCGGCGUGCUUAACAAGGAGGGAGUGAAGGUCUGCACCGGAACAACUAUCCAGCAAGUAUCUGGCGAAUCUGGUACUUCCGUUACUCUCAAAGGCCUUGCCUCAGGGAAAUCCUUCGAAGUCACCGGCUCCCAUAUCCUCUGUGCAAUAGGGCGUCUCCCAAACACAGAAAACAUCGGUCUCGAAGAAUUCGGCAUCCAGCUUACCGGAAAAGGCUUCAUCGAAACCAACGAGAAUCUGGAGACACCAAGCGAAGGCGUUUUCGCAGUAGGCGACUGUGCAGGCUCACCACACUUUACCCACAUCGCCUUCGACGAUUUCCGCAUCGUCAUCGACGUUCUCCUUCACAAACCUCUCCCACCGAAUCGAAAAUCAUCACGCCAAGUCCCCUUCACGCUCUUCACCACUCCGGAACUAGCCCACGUCGGACUCCGUGAACACGAAGCCUCGAACCUUGGGAUCAAAUUCAGGACGGCGAAGCUGCCUAUGGGCGGCUUCUUGAAGACGAGAACGCUUGGGGAGACAGCGGGCUUUGCAAAGGCGCUGAUUGCGGAGGAUGAUACGAUUGUGGGUUUUACGGCAUUGGGCAUUGGGGCUGGAGAGUUGUUGCCUGUCGUGCAGUUGGCGAUGAAGAGGGGACUGCCGUAUACGGAUAUCAGUGAGAUGGUUAUUACGCAUCCGACGUUGAGUGAGGGGUUGGUGUUUUUGUUUUCGGGUGUGCCUGCGAAGGAGAAUUAAAAGUUUGGGGUUGGUGUUGAUUGGGAGGCUUCCAUUUGGGAACACUUUAUAGGUUAGAUUGUCUAGCAAAGAAUCAAGGCUACCAAA